CUGCAAAGAAGAUGCCAACGCUGCGCCGCCGUCCCGGCCGCCACUUCCUUCUCCUUCUCCUGGCCCUGCUGCUCCCCUCGCCACCCCCGGCCCGCGCUCCCGCAUCCCCGGGCCCCGCCGCCGCCCUGCUCCAGGCUCUCGGGCUGCGCGAAGCGCCCCGGGGAGCCCCCACUCUCCGGCCCGUACCCCCCGUCAUGUGGCACCUGUUCCGCCGCCGGGACCCCCAGGAGGCCAGGGUGAGCCCGCGGCGGACGCCCCCAGGGGCCGCCCUGCGACCGUGCCACGUGGAGGAGUUGGGAGUCGCCGGAAACAUCGUGCGCCACGUCCUGGACCGCGGUGCGUCCUCCCGGCCCCCGCAGCCCGCCUCGGCCGCUGGGCAGUGCCCCGAGUGGACCGUCGUCUUCGACCUGUCGGCUGUGGAAGCCGCCGAGCGUCCGAGCCGGGCCCGCCUGGAGCUGCGCUUCGCGGCGGCGGGGCCGGCGGGCGGCUGGGAGCUGAGCGUGGCGCGGGCGGCCGAGGGCGCGGGCUCCGGGCCGGUGCUGCUCCGCCAGGCGGUGCCCGCCCUGGGAACGCCGGUGCGCGCCGAGCUGCUGGGCACCGCGUGGGCCCGCAACGCCUCGGCGCCGCGCAGCCUCCGCCUGUCGCUGGCGCUGCGCCCCCAGGUCCCCGCCACCUGCGCGCGCCUAGCCGAGGCCUCGCUGCUGCUGGUGACCCUCGACCCGCGCCUUUGCCACCCCCUGGCCCGGCCGCGGCGUGAGGCCGAGCCCGCAGUGGGCAGCGUCCCCGGGGGCGCGUGUCGAGCGCGGCGGCUCUACGUGAGCUUCCGCGAGGUGGGCUGGCACCGCUGGGUCAUCGCGCCGCGCGGCUUCCUGGCCAACUACUGCCAGGGUCAGUGCGCGCUGCCCGCCGCGCUGUCGGGACCCGGUGGCCCGCCCGCGCUCAACCACGCCGUGCUGCGCGCGCUCAUGCACGCGGCUGCCCCCGGCGCCGCCGGCCUGCCCUGCUGCGUGCCCGCGCGCCUGUCGCCCAUCUCCGUGCUCUUCUUCGACAACAGCGACAACGUGGUCCUGCGGCACUACGAGGACAUGGUAGUGGACGAGUGCGGGUGCCGCUGACGGGCGGGGACGGGGCCCAAAAAUAAACAAACACUG